UUCAAUAAGGUUUAUAUUCUAGACUGAGAGAAGCAAGUUCACAAGUCAUUGCUCUGACACUUUACCUUGAGAAGAUUUCUUCAGUUACCUCAGGAGGUUUUGGGGAAUAUUUUUUUUUCACAAGAGAAGUGAAGGUCCAGGUCCUCAUCAGAAAAAAGUCCUUCAGGCAGUUUUUUGCUCCAGAUAACAUCACAGAUAUGAAACGAUGGAUACUUGUCUCAUGUCUACUGGAAAUAUGCUCUGCUAUGCCGUAUGCUCGGCACUAUACCUAUGCUGAUCCAUUCCACAUUUGGAUGCACAAUUUCCUUCCAUCACAUUCAUCACCACCUUAUUGGGGGAAGCGAAGACUUCAUGAGCAUGAUACUCAACAGUAUGAAUAUACAAUGCCAGUUCACCCUCCUCCUCUGCCAUCACAGCAAACUCCCCUUCAGCAAACAGGAUUGCAGGAGCAAUUUCCCUUCCUACUGACAAACCAAAUUCCAUAUACUACAAGGCAAGUUCAACUUCAACAGUAUGAGAUACAGCCACCAUUUCUACAGCCAGAAGGACAUCAUCCAGUUGUUCCACAACUUUUGCCACAAGACCGGCAAACACAACAGUUACCAUUUCAAGAAUACUCUGGGACACUGGGUCAAACAAUCUACCCAAGUUUUCCUGGAACCCCACAGGAUCCGGUGCAACAGCCACAGCAACGAUCUGUUUAUCCAAAUUUGUUCUACCUGCCUUAUGUAGCAAACCAAGGAGUACCGGGCGCUCCUGCCAGAUUAGGAAUAGUAAGCUCAGAAGAAAUGCAGGGUGGUGGGCUUGGUGCAACAGCCUAUCGAGCCAUGAGCCCAAAUCUCUUCUCCAUGGGUUCUGGAUUUGGAAAUCCACCACAGAACAGACUAGGCCAGCCGGGCGAUUACACUGUCGAAGACGAUCAGCUUGGGAUAACAGAACAGCCUGACAUUGCGGGGGGAGCUAACCCUUCUGGCAAUGGGAAUAACGGUGUCUCUGUCAACGGCAACAACCUUGGAGGGGCUUUGUCCAACAUCAACAGCAACCUGAUGAACCCUGCUGGGCAGAGUAAAGGACCUGCAGGCCUGCCCCAAGCUACCAUCAGCCCACUAGCGACUCAAGGCCUCUCCGACAGCUUCGUGCCUUUUGAGGCUGACACUCCUAUGCCGCUGGAUCCCACCAUGUCCCCUGACGUCUUAUUCACACCCCAGACAGGAUAUGAGGCCGGUCAGCCCCAAAUAGGUCAGGAUGGAUGGCACUUUCAAGAACCCUGAAGAGGCCUCAAGGAAAACGCCACACCUGUGUGUAUCCCUCAGAAAUGUCCCGUGCUUGAUGCGCUGGCUUAGGAGGACUAUUGCUCUUUUGGUGUACGAGCACCAAAGCGUUCCGUGCGCUAUUAUAAAUGUAAGCAGCUUGCAGCAGCAAUGAUGUAACCUUUCUUUUGCGUUUUACAUUUCACAUUUGGAACAGUAUGGGGGGGAGGUGCCAUAUACUGGAGAAAACAUAUAUUAAAAAUAGAUUCUCAACUGGUGUUUUGCUGAGAUUUUGUACCUUUUGUUUAUAAGCUUUUAUUUACAUAUGCUUUAAACCCUUGCAUGACUGCUGCUUUGAGGAAUUAUUAUUUAUGUAAGCUUUGGCUUUAGAGACCAGAAAUGCUCUCAAGGGCCCCUUCCGCACACGCAAAAUAAUGCGUUUUCAAACCACUUUCACAACUGUUUGCAAGUGGAUUUUGCCAUUCCGCACAGCUUCAAAGAGCACUGGAAGCAGUUUGAAAGUGUAUUAUUCGGCAUGUGCGGAAGGAGCCAAGGUUUAUAAGCAGCUUCACUAAACUGGAGUCUCCAACUCUCAUUAGAUGGCUGGGUGCAUUGCAUUGAUUUACUUAGGCAGUGUGCAAUAAACCUUUAUUUAACCAUG